AUGAAGAGCUGGGGUUCGAAUUCGAAUCCCACGCCCUGCAGCAGUGGCGGCAGAUAUGCAUCUGUUGCAGAUGCUGCUGCACAACAAAACACAGAGGCAGUGAUUGAGAUGCUGUCGCAAGGCCACAGAGCAGAUAUUCAGGACUCAGACGGCAACACGGCUCUCCACUAUGCUGCAUGGUUCAGGCUCGACUCGCUGCUCACUCCUUUGUUGGAAAAAAGAGCUAGGCCGGACAUCCCCAACAAUUCCGGAGAAUGUGCGGUACAUUGGGCUGCGAAGUCUUCCAAUGUCAUGGCUUUGGAUGCAAUGACGAGGGUCAACCGGGCUCUUCUCUCGAUGCGCGACUGCGACGGCUUCACUGCCUUCAUUGUCUCCGCACAGACCGACAAUUGCCCAGUGAUGGAAUGGAUGUACCUCAAGGGGGUCAGCCUUGAAGAACAGGACGACCAAGGCAGGACCGCCCUGCAGUGGGCAUGCCACAAGGGGAACAAGAAGACAGUCCAGUGGUUGCUCUCCAGAUCUGCGAGUAUUGUUCACCGAGACCGAGAGGGCAUGACGGCACUUCACUGGGCAGCGAUGCAAGGACACACGAUAAUCACGGAAAUGCUCAUGGAAGUGGGUGCGGUGGACCUCCUAGACGUGCCAGAUUGUUCUGGCGAAACCCCGAUUGAGCUCGCAAUGCGGAAAAACAAAAGGACCUUGGUGAUGGCCUUCCACAAGUGCCAAAUCUUCAAGCUUCUGUUCGGCAGGCCACAUCUUUUCCAGAAUAACUACGCCAGUCUCUUCCUUGGCUUCGUUGCGUUCAACAUCAUCCUGUUUGCCUUUGUCGUAGCACCAGGAAUUGCGGCUAGAAAUCCUGAAGCCGUCAUGACCUGGUCCAUACUGAUGGGACUGUCACUCCUGCUCUGGGUGCAGUGCCUCUACUCGGAUCCUGGCUGGCUCCAGCCACGUACCAUAAACUCCCAGAGUCACCUGAUGGGCAAAGAUCCAGCAAAGACCUUUGAUGUUGAGCAGCCGAUCGAGUCGCAGAUGGCUCACUGCGACAACGUUCUGCAGAAGCUAAUCUCGACAUGCGACGGAGAGGCCCCGCAGCUCAUGAAGCUGGAGCUAGAGCAGAACAAGUACAACUAUCAGCGGCAACUCCUCCGGGAAGCACGGAAACGCCUCGAAGAAGGCUGUGGCCUUGGCGAUCCUCGAAGCCCAGCCCUGGGUGAAUCCCAGCCCUUGAUCGCCGCAGGUUUCAAUGAUGCCGGGUCACGGCAGGCUCAGCUGGAUCGGGCAACGGUGACUCUGCACGAGCGUGAGCGUGCUGCAGGAGACAGCCUGGGCCGCGCUCGGGUGGAGCACCUCCUUGCACAGGGGGGUGGCGAGUAUCUUUCAUUCGUGGAGAAGGGUGACUUCAAGCAGGUGUGCGUCAUCUGCCGCACAGUGCGCGAGUUUCGCUCGCACCAUGUGAAGGAGCAAGGCCGGUGUGUGCAUAGAAUGGACCAUUAUUGCCCUUGGAUUGACAACAGCGUUGGCUUGGGGAACCAGCGGUCCUUCUUUGUGUUCGUCACCCUGAUGUUUGCCACCGUCCUUUACUUCUACUACACGGUCUUCCUGUACUUCUUCGACACGGUGUUUCCGGAGAUUUCCCGAGGCUCCUUCAGUGAGCUUCUCCAGUCCGUGACGAGUGGAUCCCUGGGAGCGGAAGUGCAACCAGCUCCUUCGUAG